AUGUUUGCGGGCCGCUUGCCGGCGACAGGAGCAGCCGGCGGGUCGGCAGCGACGGGAGGAAAAGGAGGGAAGUUCUCGGUAGAGGAGCUGUACGGUUUUAACAAGAAGCCGAAAGUGAACAGAGGGAAUGCUGGGAAACCAGAGACGAGUGACGGGAAGAAAGAAACGAAGGAGAAAGAAGAAUCUGUGCUGGCGUCUCAGAUCCUGGAGGCAGCGAGAAGGCUGAUGGAGAGACGACGACUGGAGAUGUACCUGAAAGAGUGUGAUGUCACCAUGGAGCAGAGCAACAUGCCAUACAGGAAUCUUGGAAAAUCUGGACUAAGAGUGUCCUGUUUGGGACUAGGAACGUGGGUGACAUUUGGCUCUCAGAUCUCUGACGAGAUGGCAGAGAGAGUGAUAACGCUGGCAUACGAAAGCGGAGUGAACUUGUUCGACACAGCAGAGGUUUACGCCUCAGGGAGGGCGGAGACGACUCUGGGAAACAUCCUGAAGAAGAAAGGAUGGAGGAGGUCCAGUUAUGUGGUGACCACUAAGAUCUACUGGGGAGGACAGGCAGAGACAGAGAGAGGGUUGUCACGGAAACACAUCAUCGAAGGCCUGCGUGGAUCCCUCUCCAGGUUACAGUUGGACUACGUGGACAUGGUCUUUGCCAACAGGAGUGACAUCAAUGCACCGAUGGAGGAAGUCGUACGUGCGAUGACCUUUGUGAUCGAUCAGGGUAUGGCCAUGUACUGGGGAACGUCCCGCUGGAACGCAGUGGAGAUCAUGGAGGCGUACUCAGUAGCCCGACAGUUUAACCUGGUUCCUCCGGUGUGUGAACAAGCCGAGUAUCACUACUUCCAGAGAGACAAAGUAGAGCUUCAGCUGCCGGAACUUUACCACAAGAUAGGUGUCGGGGCCAUGACCUGGUCCCCGUUAGCCUCCGGUCUGCUGACGGGGAAGUACAACGAGGGGGUCCCCGAGAGCUCCAGGGCAGCCAUGAAGGGGUAUACCUGGCUGAAGGACCGCCUCCACACUGAUGAGGGGAAGAAGCAGCUCACUAAGAUCAAAGAGCUCCUCCUGCUGGCCGACGGACAGAACUGCACUGCAGCUCAGCUCGCUAUAGCGUGGUGUCUCCGUAGUGAAGGCGUCAGCUCGGUUCUCCUCGGAGUCUCCAACACGGAGCAGCUGCUGGAGAACCUCGGUUCUAUCGGGGUUCUGUCUCAGCUGACUCCGCCCCUCAUCGCAGAGAUGGACGUGUUGCUCGGCAACAAGCCACAAAACGGCAAGAAGGAGGCGAGAAGCUGA